AAUUUCGUUUUUUUCUUCAAAAACCUUGGAAAAAUGCCUUUAAAUAUACGCGACUGGUUGCCGGUUUUAUUUUGUGGCCUUUCCAUACCAUUAUCUCUAUUCAUGUGGCUGGGUAAUGUAACCAUUUCGAAGUUAUGGACGCCGGAAUUUGAAGGUAAACCCAACGUUAUACCGCCAACUAGAUGGUUAUUUUCCAUUUUGGCUCCUUUGCUAUUUAUGAUAACCGCUUUGAGGCGUAAAUCGGUGAAUACAUCGGGUGCUGCAUUGGGCAUUAUAGUGGCCUUUAUACUGUCCAUAGCAAGUCAUGCAUUCUUCUUUAGUUUGGCGGCAUUCUUCUUUACCUCGUCCAGAGCCACCAAGUUUCGGUCGCAUAUAAAAAGGAAAAUUGAAAAGGAUUUUAAAGAAGGUGAGGGUCAGCGCAACUGGGUACAAGUUCUUUGCAAUGGUGGCAUGGCUACACAAUUAGCCAUUUUAUAUCUGAUUGAUGUGGGCAGCAGUGAAAGAUCUAUUGAUUUUGAGAAAGACUACAGAGCUAGUUGGCUGGGUGUUGCUGUUAUGAGUGCCUUUGCCUGCUGCAGUGGUGAUACUUGGGCCAGCGAAUUGGGCUGUGUUUUAUCAACACGUGAUCCUUUUCUUAUCACCUCAUUUAAACGUGUGCCCAGAGGCACAAAUGGUGGCGUAUCAUGGAUUGGUUUAAUUGUUAGCUUCCUGGGAGGCAUGGUGGUUGGACUAGCCUAUUACAUUACCAUACGUCUAACAGCUCCUGCAAAUAUGUUAAUGAUUAGUCCUGCCCAAUGGCCUUUGAUAGUGUGUGGUGGUAUAGCUGGCCUCUUUGGUUCGGUAGUGGACUCUUUAUUGGGCGCCACUUUACAAUAUUCCGGCAUAGAUGAUGAGGGUAAAAUAGUAGAUACGCCUGGCAAAGGGGUGCGUUAUAUUAGCGGUUUGCGUAUAAUCGACAAUCAUAGUGUAAACUUAAUAUCCAGUAUUAUAACUGGAGUUUGUAUGCCUUUAUUUGCCAUAAAAUAUUGGCCGGAACUUUAAACGAAUAAUAAUUAUUUUGAUUUGAUGAAUCUUUUAAUAGAUGUAUUCCAAGUGCAUUUACGUUUUUUGUGUGUGUAAUAUAAAAUUUAAUAUUUGUUGUUUCGUUUAGAAUAAAAUCAAAAUUUUGAACAUUUAUGUAACGACUGAUGAUAUUUGUAACAAAAAUGGACUUAAUAUUUGUAUGUGGGCAAUUUUUAUAAUAUUUUAACAAAUUAUUUCUAUGUAGUGUUUAAAUAUGUUUAAUACGUAUAUUAUGUUUUGUAAACAUGUUGUAAAUAAAGCAAAAUUUGAAAAAAGUA